AUGGUCUCAGUGUCUUGGACAUCAUUCUGGGAUUGGUUUGGUCAGAUGAUACUUCAGCAUUCUACUAUGGCACAGGAGGAAUUAUUGAUGGUGAUUUGGGCAAUUUGGCAUGCCCGAAAUGAGCUAGUUUGGCGGGAGAAAUCAUUGUCAGCGGCAGAGGUUAUUCUAUUGGCAAGAGUAGUCCUUAAUCAAUGGAGAAAUGCUCAACAAAGGAGAAUGGGGUCUUUAUUUGUUCCUUCGGGUUCGAACAUAGACUUGGAGCAUUGGGUGAAACCGGUUAUGGGAAAGAUUAAGGUAAAUGUUGAUGGCGCAAUCUUUGCAAAUGACAGAAAAUUUGGAGCGGCUGGCGUGGCUCGAGACCAUGAUGGGCGGUUCAUUGAAGCCUUCACGGUCCUCUUGGAGGGGUGCGUGGACCCGGUCAUAGCUGAAGUUGUGGGGGUUAAGGAGGCUCUGAAUUCUUUGGUUGUUGUUCAAGCAGUUCGAGGUUCGGUAUUCAUUCCAUCUCUUUUUGGUCAACAUGUGUCUGUUUGUCGUACAUUGUUGGCUUCCUUACCUUUAGUCACUAUUAAUUUUGUUAAACGUUUUGUAAACAAAGCUGCACAUUGUUUUGCUCGUAGCUCUUGUUUGUAUUCAGAUCGUAUUUUCAGUGAAAGUACUGCUCCUGCUGAUCUUUUAUCUAUUGUAAUGGUUGAAAGUUCAUUCUAA